AUGGUCGGAGUGCCCCGAAGCAAUGGCUGUCGCACAUGUCUGCAGCGCCGAGUCAAGUGCGAUGAAGCUCAGCCCGAAUGCCGUCGCUGUCAGGCCAGGGGUAUUGAAUGUGGCGGAUACCGGAAACCGAUGAAAUUUCAUAAUAAUACCCCUGUCUCGGAGAGAACAAAGAGCAGCUCUUCUUCAACAAAUACUACCAAGUGUCGGGAUCGGCGACAAUGCGUGAAACAACAGGUAGCACCGCCGUCUCGCAAGGCGGUGGUAUUGCGGACCAGCAUGGACGAAGUCGUGGCUCCUAACCUGGCAGGCGUGGCUGUUGAGAUGCAGCAGAAAGAGGUCUUCUGUCUUUUUGUCGCGGCCGCAUUCCCCAGUCUGUUCUCGGCAUAUAGUGCCCGCGUCGAGAUCAACUGGGUGGACUUUGUGCGGUAUCAUAUGCGAUCCGCACCUGACGCCUUGGUCUGGGCUGUCCGUUCUAUCACCACUCUCUACGCGGGGAAACACUAUAAAGACCAGGGUAAAGUCAUCGCUAGUCGCCAUAUGUACUCUUUUGCAUUGAGAAAUCUCACCCACUUACUACGAAAUGCCAAGUUCAACAAAGCGGACGGACCAUUAGCAGCGGCGACCCUCCUUGGCCUUUAUGAAAUAGUGGAUGGAACAGGACAACAUUCUUGGCUUACACAUACUGGUGGUAUAUCAACACUAUUUCGGCUUCGAGGAGCAAGUGCACACCGUACAGGAUUCGGGCGGACAAUCUUGGUCUCCUUCCGUUCGUUUUUGGUGGCUGAUGCUUUCACCCGGGGUGAGCCUUCUUUCUUGGCCCAAGAAGAGUGGAGGUCGAUAUUUCUCGAUGGGAUAACCGCAGACAGAAAAAGAGGGAAGGGAACCGAACUGGGUGACCUUGUUGAGUAUGCUUUCAAUGAGAUAACACUCUGUCCGGGGCUGCUCGCUCGCACAAACACGAUCAUUGCAGCGGAAGAUGUCCUCUCAUCUGAAAGAUCCACUCUACUCCACGAGAUCACUUCCACUUUGGAAAAUCUGACCAACCUCCAUUCGCAACUGACGGUCCGCUUUCUGGAGAAUUCGGAGAAAUCCAUGGCUAAAAGGUCAGAUAUCAUCGGCCCGAUCCCUGUCAAAGUUGUCGGUGACUUUGCAAAAUUUUCGCUUCAAGGGAUGCAGAUGGCCAUUUCGCUUCUCCACCAGCUCCAGCUCCUUAUUAAAGCAGACAGUGUGCGGAGAUUGCAUGACUCACAAACAACGGAUCCUUGGAGGAAUAUGAAUGUCCCCACUGCCGCAGAGCUGUUGCAGGGAGAUAUACAAGCCAAGGAUAUUGUUCCUUCCCCAUCAGAUCAGGAAGGAUCACUGAAAUGGCUAGAUCAGAUUGGCUUAUCCAUGGGAAUGCUUGCCAUCAAAACUUGA